UCUUCAUCCACCUUUUCAUCCCUCUUCCCGCUUCGGUCGAGUACGCCACUGUGGCCACUGUACCCAGCUACGAUCCCGCCUCGCGUACGUGGGUACUCUAUCGGACGGAGCACAGAUCGUUUGCGUGCUAUACGAAUCAAGAUCAGAGCUUGGGGCUAGGAAACUGUCCGGGUCGUCGUCUCAUUCGUUCUUUAUCAAGAAACGCGGUACGCGCGCCAGAUCAUUCUUUGAUCAAGCAAGAGUGCGGUGUGUGCCCCCAUCAGCCAUCAUCACCAUCAAGGCAUCCCUUCUAUCACGACGCUGGUCUAGUCACUAGUGACGUUGCAUCUCAAAUCGCCUAUUUCUAUUUGAAGGGCAGGAGACGACAGAGUGGUAAAUCCAUACCCAUCUCUCUCCAGCAGUUCACUGGGCAGAAACAAACACAAACGACAUAUUCCAUAAAGGCACCCCAUCCCACCACACACAGGUCACGUUCCCACCAACCACACAUUCUGGAUUAAGCGCCAUCAGCAAAAUCUCUUAUUGUUCUCUUUCCCCUCCAGCUUGCAGCUUGGUAGCAGAAGGGUAUUCCAGGCCAUUUGGGAUACACACUUGAACCCCCGGCCGCUCGUCCCGCAUUGUGAUUACCAGCCCUGGCUUGGUAUUGUCUUGCCUGAUACCUACGACUAUCAUCCAUAACCUUUCUCCCCUCUUGUUUCGGUCUCAAUUCCCGUAACAACCCAAUCUCUUCUCGACAACCUCUCUCGCCAUCUACAAAAAGAGUAUUCGUCAUACGACGCCCUCUUAAACCCGAAAUCACCCAACACUGAAACUCGAGAAACAAUGGGUGGUUGUAUGUCUUCCCCCUCCACCGACGACCCCGCUGCGGAUGCUAGGAGUAGGGAGAUCGAUAAGGCUUUGCGCGAGGAUGAGAAGCGCUUGGCUCGGGAAGUAAAGCUUCUUCUUCUGGGAGCUGGUGCGAGUGGAAAGUCUACCAUUUUGAAGCAGAUGCGAUUGAUCCACGAUCGAUCUUUCGAAACCGACGAGAUCGAAGACUACCGCAAACUGACAUUCUCCAACAUUGUCGGCGGUAUGCGCGCCAUCAUCGACGUCAUGGACGAACUCAACCUCGCCGUCCAACCUUCCAACCGCAAAUACAUCUCCCUCGUCGACGCCGAACCGCCCAUAAACACCAACGAACCCUUCCCCUCGCGAUACCUCCCAGCGCUGCAGCGUCUGUGGCAGGACCCGGGGGUGCAGGCUUGUUAUAGCCGGGGGAACGAGUUUGCGUUGGCGGAGAAUAUGCCGUAUUUCUAUCAGGAUUUGGGGAGGUUGUUUGAGCCGGGGUACAAGCCGAGUGAUGAUGAUAUUCUGAGAGUGAGGAGUAAGACUACUGGUAUCACGGAGACGAGGUUCCCGAUCCACGAUGUGGUGUUUAGACUAUUCGACGUUGGUGGACAGAGGUCUGAGAGGCGAAAAUGGGCUUCAUGCUUUGAGAACGUCACUGCCAUCCUGUUCCUCGUAGCUCUGUCAGACUACAACUCUUGCCUGAUAGAAGACCGAGAUUCGAACGGUAUGCAAGAAGCAUUGAUGCUGUUUGACUCUAUCUGCAACUCUCAAUGGUUCACCAAGUCCUCCAUCAUCCUCUUCCUAAACAAAUCCGAUCUCCUUGCGCACAAGAUCCAAGACCCCAACCAACAGCUCCACGAGUAUUUCCCCGAAUUCGAAGGGAAACCAUACUCGUUCCAGGACGCUGUCGACUUUUUCAAAACGAGGUUCAGGGGCUUGAACAGGAUGGCUUCGAAAGAAAUUUAUUGUCAUGUGACAACGGCGGUGGAUAGGCAGAACGUCAAAGUUGUGAUGACUGCUUGUCAGGUGAGGUUUGCGUCUCACGAGUGGGAGUAGAGCUGACCGCUAUAGGACACGAUCCUCAAGAACACGUUGAGGGACAUGGCUAUUCUUUGAGCGACUCACUGCUACACUAUAAUUCGCUAUUCUUCUUUCAGGACUUCUCACAUUUAACCACAGAUCUGUUAUACACCAUUUUCAAUUCUAAAUUCACCUGUGAUUCUAUUUGCUUUUGGCGCUAGGAGCUGCUUUACAAAAGCAGCCAAGCGGAGAACAAGCUGCCUCUGGAUGGAUACAUACACUACACAAGACCGGGAUUGGCGCGUAGACUAUAUACGGAUGCAUACAGACAAUAGCGGGCGAG